UUAACUGACGUCAGCAGACGGUAACGUCAAACGGUGGAAAGAUGGCUACGGAACCAAACAAGACCGAAAUCCUGACGAUUUUCAAAAGAUUAAGAUCAAUUCCUACCAAUAAGGCUUGUUUCGACUGUGCUGCCAAAAACCCAAGCUGGGCUAGCAUCUCCUAUGGCGUUUUCCUGUGCAUCGACUGCUCUGGCAUCCAUCGUUCACUGGGAGUUCAUCUCAGCUUCAUCAGAUCCACAGAGUUAGACUCCAACUGGAGCUGGUUUCAGCUCAGAUGUAUGCAGGUUGGAGGGAACGCCAAUGCGACGGCCUUCUUCCGUCAGCACGGCUGCUCCACCAACGACACCAACGCCAAGUACAACAGCCGUGCCGCCCAGAUGUACAGGGAGAAGAUUCGGCAGCUGGCCAACGCAGCGUUGUCCAAAUAUGGAACUGAGCUUUGGAUCGAUUCUUCCGCAUCUGCUGCCCCUGACAAGAAGGAGGAAGACUUUUUUGCUGAACAUACUCAGGUCAAACUCCUGCAUCUAAAGCUACACGAGCCAGAGGAAGGACCCAGCAUCGAGGGUCUGAGCACGUCGCCUCAAGCGUCUAUUGAAGUGAAGCCAUCCAUCAUUGGGAAGAAGAAGCCCAUGGCUGCUAAGAAAGGGCUCGGUGCUAAGAAAGGCCUCGGUGCGCAGAAGGUGAGCGGGAAGAGCUUCUCUGAGGUGGAGAAACAGGCUCAGGUGGCUGAGAAGAUGAGAGAGGAGCAGGCAGCGGAGGCAAAGAAGCAGGCUGAGGAGUCCAUAGUGGCCUCCAUGCGCCUGGCCUACAAGGAGCUGGAGAUCGAUAGGAAGAUGGAGGACAAGAAGCUGCGGAACCUGGAGGGGAAGAAGAGGGAGCAGGCUGAGCGGCUGGGGAUGGGCUUCGGCAGCAGGAGUGUCAUGUCUCACUCGGUGAUGUCAGAGAUGCAGGUGAUUGAGCAGGAAACUCCUGUUGGAGCCAAGUCUUCCUCCCGCUCCAAGCUGGACGUGUUCGACGAGCCAGGCUUCACUUCUGGACCCCCGAAGUAUAAAGACAACCCGUUCUCAGUUGGGGACAGCUUCGGGUCCCGCUGGGACGCAGACGGAGGAAGCGCCUCUUUUACAUCAUCCUGGGCUCUGGAGAAGGAGGAGCCCAAAGAGGAGGUGACCAUCUCCAGCAUCCAGCCAAUCGGAGAGAGGCUUCCCAGCAGGAGGAAAGCCGAGGCGUCCUCUGCCAUGUCCGAGUCCAGUGAGGCCAGGGAUAAGUUCGCCAACGCCAAGGCCAUCUCCUCAGACAUGUUCUUUGGUCGGGAGAGCAACGCCGAGUACGAGGCGAAGACGAGGCUGGAGGGCAUGUCUGGCAGCACCUCCAUCAGCUCGGCCGACCUGUUUGGAGAUGACAGCGACCCCAGAGGCAGGGCAUCGGGCUUCGACAGCGUCCUGCCUUCCGGCCCGGACAUCGCACAGUUCAAGCAGGGAGUGAAAACAGUGGCAGGAAAGAUGGCCGUCCUCGCUAACGGCGUGAUGAACACCAUCCAGGAUCGCUACGGAUCGUACUGAGCGCCGGCGGCCGAUCAGAGGGAAAACGUAAUGCCUCCCGACUGACCUGUGCAUUUGGACAGAGGCGGGGCGGCGGGGGAGCGUUUGCAUGGAGAAGACGGCGUCCCUGCUGCCCGUCUUCCACUAGGACAGUAUUCCCUUCCCCCAUUAGCAGAAUCUUGAGUUUUAUUUUCAUAAACCAUCAGAAAAUAAGAAAUCUUUUCUAAAACGGCCGUUUCUGUCCAACCUGCUGGUCUUAGAGUUUCAACAUGAUGUCUUUAUUUUUCUUAAUUCAGAAAUCUAUGUGAUUUUGAUUGAGAACAUUUAAAGUAUUUGUUUUAUUGUGCGAUUUAAGAACAAGCUGCUGUGUUUUGCUUCAGUUCAGGAAUCCAUCGUGUUUUAAAGCUGCUGACUUCUAGUGAAGUUUGGCUGUUUUUUCUUCUACAUGAAGCACUGAUUUCAGAGCCAUCCUGAGCUGAUUGCGCAGCAGAUUCUUACCUCUGCUCCCAUAAAAACGGUUCAGCUAGGAGCUCAGACCUGAGUGCCGCCUCCAGCUCCAGGAUCUGACUAUGCAUCCUCACUUACACAGGGUUUCCUGUUCGAACCUCAGGUCUGCUGCAGCUCGCCUCUGAUCUAAAAUUCUGGGAUUGUUUUCAGGAAAUGCAUCUUUGGCUUCAGAAACUACGGGCUUCCUGAAGCUCGUCCUAAAUGUUUGGAGCAGACCUGACGUUCAGCAGAUGUUUAUUAUUUCCUUUAUGUUCUGACCCAACAGUGUCCAAUCACAUGAAAGGAUCAAACUAUUUAUUUGUAGGCUACAAAGAACCAUAUCCAGUAUGUCAAUAAAGAUGGAAAGCCUUCAGUUUCUCUCA